GCACCGGGCCCGCGGGCCCGGACGGCGCUGCCGCCGUGCCCAGCGCGCACCGCAGCCCUGGCGCGCUGGGCCUGCGGCGCGGCGUGGCGCUGUCGAGGACCGCCGUGGCGGAGGGCAGCAAAGGCGCAGGGCCAGAGCACGCGGAUGCCACAGCAGCAGUCCCCCUCGCUGCGUCUUCCUCCCUGCCCAGCGAGCUGGGCCUGCAGCGCAGCGUGGUGCUGUCCAGGACGUCGGCGGCGGAAGACGAGGACGCCGCACCUGCUCGCGCCGGCGGCGGGGCUGGCGCCCCGCUCGCCAGCUCCAGCCCCAGCGUGCUGGGCCUGCAGCGCGGCGUGGUGCUGUCCAGGACGACGGCAGCGGAGGACGAAGACGCCGCACCUGCUCGCGCUGGCGGCGAGCUGGGCCUGCAGCGCGGCGUAGUGCUGUCCAGGACGACGGCAGCGGAGGACGAAGACGCCGCGUCUGCUCGCGUCGGCAGCGUGCUGGGCCUGCAGCGCGGCGUGGUGCUGUCCCGGACGACGGCAGCGGAGGACGAGGACGCCGCGUCUGCUCGCGACGGCAGCGUGCUGGGCCUGCAGCGCGGAGUGGUGCUUUCCAGGACGACGGCAGCGGAGGAUGAGGACGCCGCGUCUGCUCGCGACGGCAGCGUGCUGGGCCUGCAGCGCGGCGUGGUGCUGUCCAGGACGGCUCCGGCAGAGGGGGGCUGA